AUGCCGGAGUCGUUGGCUGAGCGGGCGAGAAGCACACUUUUAAAGGCUCAGGUGUUAUGUCGAGAAGUGGAGUCCCGGAUAGCUGAAGUAAAGGACCGGCUGUCACAAUGGGAGAAGAAUAGACACACAUUGAGGUUUUUGGUUAGCUGUUUGGAGCACCAGUUAGGCUUUUUGGAACAGUGUGCCUUGAGACAAGGUAUAGGCCGGGCUUUGAUCGAGACUGAAUGGAGUCAAGUGGUUUUAGUUGAUUUGGUCAAUGAGAUGAAGUUAUGGUAUGAUAAGAUACAGCUUAGAUUAGAAAGGCUAGACCAGGUUGAAAAUAUUCUUGUGGCGGAUAAUAAACAUUUAAGUCAUUAUAUAUCACAGGAGCAAGCGUUAGUAUUGAAAAAGAGGCUAGACGAAGUACCUAUAAUAAGACCACAAAUAGAGAAUAUACAAACACAAUAUGACACUAUGUGCAAACGAGUACGACAAAAGUUGAUUAAUAAAAGACUGACUGAGAUAAAAACUAUCUUUGACUCUCAGUUUGGUGAUGAAUUGACCGAGACGGCAGAACUUACUGAAGUAAAGCCUCGAGAUCUUGAUAGUAUAGAAUUGGAAUUAGUGGAUUACAUCAAUUCUUUAACCGAUCACUUUGAUAAGUGUCAAGCACUAGAGAAAGGCCUGUUCAACGAUUCGAAUGAAUAUGAUGAGCUACUUAAAAUUGUAUCGGCAGAUGAUAGUCAAUUGGAUGACAUAAUGAAACACCUACUCAAUACAAUUGAUAGUACCAAUCAUCAAAUAGACAAAGUAUAUGAGAUAUUAGAUAUCAAGACCAAGCAAAAGACAAUUUUGCAUGGAAAGAUCAAUGAGCUAAUAGCCAACUGCACCAAGUAUAGCGAGUAUUUGGCCAUUUUCAAAGGCAUUGCCACUUCAAUUGAGAAGUUUAAGGAAGGUUGUAUGCAGGACAUUCAACUUACGAAAGAGUUGUAUAAGUUUUACGACGAAUUCGAGAAUAGUUACAAUAAAUUACUACAGGAAGUUCAAAGAAGGCGAGCUUUGAGUCAAAAGAUGUUAGGAAUUAUAAAAAACUGUGAAAACGAAUUAAAAACACUUCAUGAUGAAGACCAAAAGCUGCGAACGCAUUUCCUGAGUGAGAACGGUGCAUUCCUGCCAGAGACAAUAUGGCCAGGAGAAAUAGACGACCUAUCACCGUUAUAUGCACUCGAUUACCAUAUCAAAGAAAUUUGA